AUAUCCACUUUUCUCCCCGGCACAUAUAGGUCAGCCGCCACGGCUACAUUUUCACUGGUUCAUGGUUCGUAUCUACGAGAAGAGGAUGAAGUUUCUAGUGGCAGUCACAAUUAUAGUGGGAUCAGUGGUUUUUCUGCUGUUUCCCAGCGGUUCAGACGCUGACGAGAAAAAGAAAGGGCCUAAAGUAUCGGCCAAGGUUUAUUUUGACAUCCGAAUUGGAGACGAGGAUGUUGGGCGAAUUGUUAUCGGUUUGUUUGGGAAGACUGUUCCCAAAACGGCCGAGAACUUCAUGGCCUUGGCGACUGGAGAGAAAGGAUUUGGCUUUAAGGGCAGCAAAUUCCACCGAGUUAUCAAGGACUUCAUGAUUCAGGGUGGAGAUUUCACCCGUGGAGAUGGCACUGGAGGCAAGAGCAUCUACGGAGACCGAUUCCCUGAUGAGAACUUCAAGCUGAAGCAUUAUGGCCCUGGCUGGCUGAGUAUGGCCAAUGCUGGGAAAGAUACCAAUGGCUCUCAGUUCUUCAUUACCACCAUUCAGACACCGUGGCUGGAUGGGAAACACGUGGUCUUUGGCAAAAUUCUGGAGGGCAUGGAUGUGGUGAAGAAGAUCGAAGCCACAAAGACAGACGGCCGGGACAAGCCUCUUAAAGAUGUCACCAUCCAUGACUCUGGCACGAUAGCAGUGGAAAAGCCAUUUGCCAUCGCCAAAGAGUAGUACUCCUAGUGAGUCCACCCAGAAAACAGGACUGAGAGGGGGGGGGGGGGGGGGGGGUUGGAAACAAAUGACACCUUGUUUAUUUCAGUCUUUUCUUUGUGAGCCCUCUGGUCCCACAGGCUGCCUCCUCUGGUGGAGGUGGCCUGUGGGGGCCAUGACAACGCCAGACCACAAGAUGGUGCACUGGGCCCAUUUCCAUUAAGGCAUUCCAUCAAGUCACUCAGCUUUUGUGUGGUUAUUUUAUAAGGGAUCUUUAUUAAAAGAUUCAGAUUUUUGUUA